CGUGAAUUGGAUGAUUAAGUUUUACCAUAGCAAUUUUCGAAACAAAAUACUACUAUGCACCAAAGUCAAAAAAGAUCCAAACUUUGCUAGGGUAUAUCCGUAGGUGCUUCGUGUUUUGGGAAUUGGGAGUAGUUACGCUUGAAAAUCCCAGUGGGUAGCCUCUUCGCCGGCGAUCCCUCCCAACUCCCCAAGCGCCACCUCAGCCUCGCCGCCGGCGCCAUCCAUGAGGCCUCUCCUCGCCCGCCUCUUCGCCCCGACUUACAUUGCCAUGGGGUUCUCCCCCUCCGCCGCCGCGCCGUCCCGGCGGCUUGCCCACCUCACACGCCACGUCCUCCUCCGCUCCUCCUUCUCCGGCCCCGGCGAGCUCUUCUCUUCCGUGGGCGCCCCUGCCGCCGCCGCCCGGCCGGGAUGCCUGGCCGCCCCCAAGGGCUACGCCGCCGUGCUGGUCUGCCUCUUCGAGGACCCCCACGGCGGCGACCCGCGCGUCAUCCUCACCAAGCGCGCCUCCUCCCUCUCCUCCCACUCCGGUGAGGUGUCUUUGCCGGGAGGGAAGGUGGAGGAAGGGGAUGCGGAUGCGAAGGCGACGGCUCUGCGGGAGGCGCACGAGGAGAUUGGAUUGGACCCAGCGCUUGUGUCUGUCGUCACUGUUCUUGAGCCGUUCUUGUCCAAGAAUGGUCUCCAUGUAACUCCUGUAAUUGGCAUCCUUUCGGAUAAAGCUUUAUUCGAACCUCUCUUGAAUGAAUCUGAAGUGGAAGACAUCUUUGAUGCACCUCUAGGAAUGUUUUUGAAGGAUGAUAACCGGAAAACACAAGAAUCGAAUUGGAUGGGCAUGAAUAUUCCAGUCCAGUCUUUCGAGUACCAGUCAGAGGACAAAAUGUUUGUGAUUUGGGGCUUAACAGCACACAUUCUAACCCGUGCUGCAGCAGUUGUUUUACAGAGAGAGCCAUCAUUUGUUGAAUUUCCGAGACCAGGAUAUGUGAGCUCACCCUUUGGAGAUACGAAUGAAACAAAACGCUGAAGCAGUACCAUAACCAUCAAUACGUAAUUGGCAGCACUUCCCCCCUCCAUUCAAAGGCAGUUUCUUGUGCCUGUCUAUAGAAAGAUCAGCUUACUGUACUUUUUUGUAUGUACACAAUAGUCAAUAGAAUGUUGUAAUAGAAUCAUCGGUAUCUUGGCAAGUUGCCAAUCUUAAUUGUCGGAGUCAGAUGGUGAACAUUCUGACCCGUGCUGCAGCACUUUCCGUAGAAUGCUGUAAACUUGUAAUACUGGAGACUUGCUCAAUAUUUGCAAAUCUCUCUUUCUCUCUGAACAUGAAACAAAAUUUGGCAUAUCAAUGGGUUUUUCACCCAGUGGGGUAUUUGUCCGUUUGCA